AUGGCCGAGCCGCUCCGCAUCCGCGUCUCCAUCGACAGAGGUGGGACCUUCACCGACGUGCACGCCGCUGUCCCCGGCCGUGACGACGACAUCGUCCUCAAGCUCCUCUCCGUCGACCCGGCAAACUACCAGGAUGCACCCACCGAGGGCAUCCGCCGCGUUCUCGAGCUGGUCACCGGCGAGUCCCUGCCCCGGGGCCAGCCCCUCGACCUCUUCCACUUCGAGUCCAUUCGCAUGGGUACCACGGUCGCCACAAACGCCCUGCUCGAGCGCAAGGGAGACCCCGUCGCCCUCAUCACCACCCGCGGCUUCCGCCACCUCCUGGCCAUUGGAAACCAGUCCCGCCCCGACAUCUUUGAUCUCUCCGUCUCGAGGCCCGAGGCUCUCUUUGCCCGCGUCGUCGAGAUCGACGAGCGUGUCACCAUGGAAGACUACACCGAGGACCCCGCCGCCGCCAAGACGGUCCCCGGUCCGGACGACGCCGACCUCGUCACCGCCCUGACGGGAGAGACGAUGCGUGUCCUGCGGCGGCCCGACCCUGCCGAAAUCGAGGUCCGGCUGGCCGAGCUCUGGGCGCUGGGCUUUCGCUCCGUUGCCGUCGUCUUCAUCCACUCAUACGCCUUCCCGGACCACGAGCUCCUAGUCGGCCAACUGGCCCGGCGCGUGGGCUUCUCCGUCACCCUCUCGUCGCAGGUCCAGCCCAUGAUCAACGUCGUCCCCCGCGGCAUGUCCGCCGUCGCCGACGCCUACCUGACCCCCGUCAUCCGACGUUACAUCGACUCCAUUUCCGCAAACUUCAAGGGCGGCUUCGGCUCCGCCGCCACACGCAUCGAGUUCAUGCAGUCCGACGGUGGCCUUGCCGACUACCGCAACUUCACCGGCCUCAAGGCCAUCCUGUCCGGGCCCGCCGGCGGCGUCGUCGGCUACGCCCAGACCUCUUUCGACGAGGACGAACGCCGCCCCAUCAUCGGCUUCGACAUGGGAGGGACUUCGACCGACGUGUCGCGGUACGCCGGCGCCUAUGACCACGUCUUCGAGACGACCACGGCCGGCAUCGCCAUCCAGUCGCCCCAGCUCGACAUCCACACCGUCGCUGCCGGAGGAGGCUCCAUCCUGGGCUGGAAAAACGGCCUUUUCCACGUUGGGCCCGACUCGGCCUCGGCCCAUCCGGGGCCCGCCUGCUACCGCAAGGGAGGGCCCCUCACCAUAACCGAUGCCAACCUUCUCCUCGGCCGCCUGCUCCCAGACUACUUCCCCAAGGUCUUUGGCCCCGAGGAGAAUGAGCCGCUGAGCCGGGACAUUGUCGACGCCAAGUUCGCCGAGUUGACGGCCGACAUUAACCGGGACAGAAAGCGCUCCGGCCUGUCGCCCUUCUCGCCCCAAGAAGUCGCCCUCGGCUUUCUCAAAGUCGCCGACGAGGGCAUGGCUGGACCCAUCCGCGCCCUCACCGAGGCACGCGGACACGAGGCCGGCGACCACCAUCUCGCCUGCUUCGGCGGCGCCGGCGGGCAGCACGCUUGCUCCGUCGCCGGGGUUCUCGGCAUCUCACGCAUCAUCAUCCACAAGUAUUCGUCCGUCCUGUCGGCCUACGGCAUCUCGCUGGCCGACGUCGUCCACGAGGUUCAGCGGCCCGCGGCCAUCAUGUACCGUGACGAAACCAAGGCCGCCCUCCGCCUCCAGCUCGAGCAGCUCGCCGAGCAGGCCACCCUCGAGCUCAUCAAGCAAGGCUUUCCGCCGGGACGCAUCUCCCACAGCGCCUACCUGAGCAUGCGUUACGUUGGCUCCAGCAGCUCCCUCAUGAUCCGCAAGGGCGACGACGACUGGGACUUCAAGCGCGAGUUUGAGGAGGCCCACCGCCGCGGCUUUGGCUUCCACUUCCCGGACAAGGGUAUUGUCGUCGAUGACAUUCGUAUCAGGGCCGUCGGCGCCACAGGGGCCAGACGGGCCAGCACUCCCUUUGCCCAGAUGAAGAAGCUGAUGCGCCAUUCCUCGCCCCCGGCUCCCAGCGGAAUAAGCCCCGUAUAUUUUGACGCCUGCGGCUACCUCGAGACCCCUGUUUACGAGCUGCAGGGUCUGCCUGCGGGAGCGCACCUGGCCGGGCCGGCCCUCAUCAUCGACAACACCCAGACAAUCCUCGUCUGGCCGGGCACGACGGCCACGAUCCUCGACAGCUACGUCGUCGUCGACGCCGCUCCUCGCCCGAUGGAGUCUUUGCCGGACGCCACGGGUGACGAGUUCAGCCCGAUCCAACUGACCGUAUUCGGCCAUCGCUUCAUGUCUGUGGCGGAGCAGAUGGGCCGCACGCUGAAGAAGACGGCCGUUUCGACCAACAUCAAGGAGCGUCUCGACUUCUCGUGCGCCAUCUUCAGCCCCGACGGCGGCCUCGUCGCCAACGCGCCCCACGUGCCGGUGCAUCUGGGCUCCAUGCAGUUCGCCGUCCAGCACCAGCACAAGCUGUGGGAGGGCCGGCUUCAGGACGGCGACGUGCUCGUGUCAAACCACCCGUCGUGCGGCGGCACCCACCUGCCGGACAUCACCGUCAUCACCCCGGUCUUCGACGGAGAUGCACUGGCGUUUUACGUGGCCUCGCGCGGCCACCACGCCGACAUUGGCGGCAUUCUGCCGGGAUCCAUGCCGCCCACCUCGUCGGCGCUGUGGCAAGAAGGCGCCGCGAUUGAGUCGACCAAGCUCGUGAGCGCCGGCCGCUUCGACGAGGACGAGGUGCGGAGGCUCUUGCUCGAGGAGCCGGCUCGGCACCAAGGCUGCUCGGGCACGCGGAGGCUGCAGGACAACCUCUCGGACCUCAAGGCCCAGAUAGCGGCCAACGCCAAGGGCAUCCUGCUCAUCAAGGCCCUCAUCGCCGAGUUUGGCCUUGGCUGCGUGCACCGAUACAUGUACGCCAUCCAGCACACGGCCGAGGACGCCGUCCGCGCCCUCAUGCGGGCCACCCUCGCCAAGCAUGGGCCGGAGCCGCUGACGGCCACCGACUACAUGGAUGACGGAACGCCCAUCCGCCUCGCCGUCACCAUCUCGCCCGACGGCUCUGCCACCUUUGACUUUACCGGGACAGGCCCCCAGGUCCUGGGCAACACCAACGCCCCGAUAGCCAUCACACACUCGGCCAUCAUCUACUGCCUGCGUAGUCUCGUCUCGUCGUCGAUCCCGCUGAACCAGGGGUGUCUGACGCCCGUCAAAAUCGUCGUCCCCUCGGGCACCAUCCUGAACCCCGCCGCCGGCCUCGCUGUCGUUGGCGGCAACGUCCUCACGUCGCAGCGAGUCACCGACGUGGUGCUUCGGGCUUUCCGCGCCUGCGCAGCCAGCCAAGGUUGCUGCAACAAUCUCACCUUUGGCACCGGCGGCAAGGACGCCGUGACGGGCGAGCACAAGGACGGCUUCGGCUAUUACGAGACCAUCGCGGGCGGCUCCGGCGCCGGGCCGACGUGGGCAGGCCAGAGCGGCGUCCACACGCACAUGACCAACACUCGCAUCACGGACCCCGAGGUCUUUGAGAAGCGCUAUCCCUGUAUCCUGCGGCGCUUCGAGCUGCGCAAGGGCUCGGGCGGGCGCGGCAAGAACCGAGGAGGCGAUGGAACCAUUCGCGAGAUUGAGUUUCGUGUGCCGGUCCAGUGCUCGAUUCUUAGCGAGCGGAGGUCUCGCCGUCCGUUCGGCAUGGACGGAGGGGGCGAUGGACACGCGGGGCUGAAUGCUAUCCAUGUGACGGACGAGAUGACGGGCGAGAAGAAAAUCAUCAACCUGGGCGCCAAGGCGACGACCAAGCUUGGCCCCGGGGAUAGCGUCGUUAUUCAGACGCCAGGAGGCGGUGGCUGGGGGGAGGAUGACGAGGGGGAGGAUGAAUGA